AUGGGUUUUGUGGUACUACCCGCUCUUACACCCGACAUCAGCGACGUGUAUGAUGUGUAUUUUGAGACCUUCAAAAACAACCCGGUUACACGUGCCUUGUUUCCCUCGGCCACAGAAGCCGAUUUGCUCAAUCCAAAAUCCGAGUUUCGACAGGGGCACACGAAUCAUGUUCAAGAGUGGUGGAAGACCAGCCAAACGCAAUAUACUUUGAAGUGUGUCGACACCGAAUCUAAUAGAAUAGUCGGCAUGGCAAUUUUCGACAUAUACAUUACACCCAGUGACUGGAAGCGCGGCGAGAUGUCUUGGCUCGAAGGAAAAGAACGAGAGCAAGCCGAAGCAUUGAUCAGCCCGCUUUGGGAGACUAGAGAGAAGCUCUGGCUCAACGAAAAGUACAUGUAUGGCCACGUAAUAGCCGUUCAUCCAGAAUAUCAGCGAAAGGGUGUCGGGGAAAAAAUCUUUCAAUACGGCAUUACUAUUUCUCAAAACACCGGACUGCCGGUUUACAUUGAAAGCUCAAAAGACGGUGUGCGCUUUUACGAGAAGAUGGGUUGCAGGAGAUUGAAAGAAAACCUGAAACCUUCGCUGCAGAGUAUCAAAUCGGUAGAAGGUAAAGACUUGAAAGUAGAUGAUAAUCUUCCUUUGUUCGUAUGGUUACCAGAAGGCGCAGAGAAGAGGCUGCCAGAUGCUGUGCAGUUGGCAUAA